GGGGGGGGGGGUGGGGGGGGGGGGGGGUGGGGGGGGGGGGGGGUGGGGGGGGGGGGGGGUGGGGGGGGGGGGGGGUGGGGGGGGGGGGGGGUGGGGGGGGGGGGGGGUGGGGGGGGGGGGGGGUGGGGGGGGGGGGGGGUGGGGGGGGGGGGGGGUGGGGGGGGGGGGGGGUGGGGGGGGGGGGGGGUGGGGGGGGGGGGGGGUGGGGGGGGGGGGGGGUGGGGGGGGGGGGGGGUGGGGGGGGGGGGGGGUGGGGGGGGGGGGGGGUGGGGGGGGGGGGGGGUGGGGGGGGGGGGGGGUGGGGGGGGGGGGGGGUGGGGGGGGGGGGGGGUGGGGGGGGGGGGGGGUGGGGGGGGGGGGGGGUGGGGGGGGGGGGGGGUGGGGGGGGGGGGGGGUGGGGGGGGGGGGGGGUGGGGGGGGGGGGGGGUGGGGGGGGGGGGGGGUGGGGGGGGGGGGGGGUGGGGGGGGGGGGGGGUGGGGGGGGGGGGGGGUGGGGGGGGGGGGGGGUGGGGGGGGGGGGGGGUGGGGGGGGGGGGGGGUGGGGGGGGGGGGGGGUGGGGGGGGGGGGGGGUGGGGGGGGGGGGGGGUGGGGGGGGGGGGGGGUGGGGGGGGGGGGGGGUGGGGGGGGGGGGGGGUGGGGGGGGGGGGGGGUGGGGGGGGGGGGGGGUGGGGGGGGGGGGGGGUGGGGGGGGGGGGGGGUGGGGGGGGGGGGGGGUGGGGGGGGGGGGGGGUGGGGGGGGGGGGGGGUGGGGGGGGGGGGGGGUGGGGGGGGGGGGGGGUGGGGGGGGGGGGGGGUGGGGGGGGGGGGGGGUGGGGGGGGGGGGGGGUGGGGGGGGGGGGGGGUGGGGGGGGGGGGGGGUGGGGGGGGGGGGGGGUGGGGGGGGGGGGGGGUGGGGGGGGGGGGGGGUGGGGGGGGGGGGGGGUGGGGGGGGGGGGGGGUGGGGGGGGGGGGGGGUGGGGGGGGGGGGGGGUGGGGGGGGGGGGGGGUGGGGGGGGGGGGGGGUGGGGGGGGGGGGGGGUGGGGGGGGGGGGGGGUGGGGGGGGGGGGGGGUGGGGGGGGGGGGGGGUGGGGGGGGGGGGGGGUGGGGGGGGGGGGGGGUGGGGGGGGGGGGGGGUGGGGGGGGGGGGGGGUGGGGGGGGGGGGGGGUGGGGGGGGGGGGGGGUGGGGGGGGGGGGGGGUGGGGGGGGGGGGGGGUGGGGGGGGGGGGGGGUGGGGGGGGGGGGGGGUGGGGGGGGGGGGGGGUGGGGGGGGGGGGGGGUGGGGGGGGGGGGGGGUGGGGGGGGGGGGGGGUGGGGGGGGGGGGGGGUGGGGGGGGGGGGGGGUGGGGGGGGGGGGGGGUGGGGGGGGGGGGGGGUGGGGGGGGGGGGGGGUGGGGGGGGGGGGGGGUGGGGGGGGGGGGGGGUGGGGGGGGGGGGGGGUGGGGGGGGGGGGGGGUGGGGGGGGGGGGGGGUGGGGGGGGGGGGGGGUGGGGGGGGGGGGGGGUG